GUUUUUGCCAUGGAUAUUUUGUGGGUCAGAAGACAAAAAGUUUGGGAACCACUGAUGUAAAGAACACUAUCAGAAUAUUCUAAUCUGACUCAGCUUGAUCAGAAUUAAUUUAUAAUCCGAAUGAGAGGGGUGGUUUAUACAGAGAGGCGUGCAAGUAAACACUAUUUCAUCCAGAAACAACACUUAGCUACCUCAUUUAUACUAUGUACUGUAAACAUUACUGACCCUGCCUCUUAAAAGAAUCUGCAUGGGGAAUCGUUAACCCGGCAUUCACGUUGCAUUUGACUGCAGGAUGUGCAGAUUCUCUAAUAGUUGUUGAUCUGAAGCAAUGGUUCCCAACUCAUUUUCCACACACACCCCCGAGCCCCCCUGCUAACCCUUGCCACUCCCCACCUCUUCCAAAGAUGCAUUCAACUUUUAUGUCUAUCAAAACAAUAAAAGCUUGAAGUGAAUAUUUACUAACUUUUAUUUGGUGAAAAACACAAAGAACUGAGUUUUAGUUAUUCAAAUGGACUUGUUGCCCCCCAUGAGCUCUCUGGUACCCCCACCCACCCACCACUGAUCUGUAGGAAUGUGGUUUGACUCUGGUACUGGGAUUUGAUCCCCGAUCUUCCUGCACCAAGAAGAGCAGAAUGUCCAAAAUAUCUGUGGACACAACCUCUGAAGGGAUUCACACCUUUACUGACCUGCAUCAUGGUGCAGACCUGAGCAAAGAAAGGAUCUACAUGGAUUAUAAUGCUACUACUCCUUUGGAGCCGGAGGUGAUUCAGGCUGUUUCUGAAGCUCUCCGGGACGCCUGGGGAAACCCCAGUAGCAGCUAUGUAGCAGGCGCCAUGGCUAAAGCUAUAAUCAAUCAGUCCAGACAGAAUGUGGCAAAAAUGGUUGGAGGUAAAGCAGAGGACGUUGUUUUCACUUCAGGUGGAACAGAGGCUAAUAAUCUGGUGCUGCACACGGCUCUGGAGCACUUCAGGAGGAACUGCAGAACUGCAGGUGAAGGUGAUGUAAACGGAAGCAGAGACCUGCCGCACAUCAUUACCUCCAACGUGGAGCAUGACUCGAUCAAACUCGCAGCAGAGCACCUACAGACGGAAGGCAAGGCAGACGUGACGUUUGUGCCCGUGUCGAAGGUGACAGCUUGUGUAGACGUAGAAGAUGUCAUUGCUGUGGUUCGGCCAAAUACUUGUCUCAUCUCCAUCAUGCUGGCCAAUAACGAGACAGGAGUCAUCAUGCCUGUCCAAAAGAUCUGUCAGAAAGUAAAGAGGCUGAACAAGCAGCAUGAGCGCAUCAGGAUCCUGCUCCACACUGAUGCUGCUCAGGCUCUGGGUAAAAUCCCAGUGGACGUCCAGGAACUGGGAGUGGAUUUCCUUACUAUAGUGGGACACAAGUUUUAUGGCCCUCGGAUUGGUGCUUUGUAUGUGAACAGUCCUGGAACAGGAACACCUCUGUAUCCAAUGCUGUUUGGAGGAGGACAGGAGAGGAACUUCAGACCAGGCACAGAAAACACACCAAUGAUCGCUGGUCUAGGAAAGGCUGCAGAACUGGUGACCUCUAAUCUGUCAGAUUAUCAGAGUCAUAUGCACAGUAUUAAAGCGUACCUGGAAGAACAACUGCAGACUGUGUUUAAAGAUAAGAUCCACUUCAACAGCCGUUUCCCCGGCUCUGAUGUCCUUCCUAACACAUGUAACGUGUCCAUCCUGGGACCAGCUUUACAAGGUUGGAGGGUGUUGUCCAGCUGCAGGCGGCUGUUAGCCAGCGUGGGUGCUGCCUGUCACUCAGCCAGCAGAAACAGACCCUCCCACAUCCUCCUGAGCUGUGGCGUGGCGCCAGAGGUGGCAGCUAACGCUCUGAGGCUGAGCGUGGGCCGGGGGACGAGCAGAGAAGAUGUAGACGUUGUCGUGGAGGACCUGAGGGAAACUGUACAGCUGCUGGAAAAUAUGAACUGAUGCCUUGUUUUUUUAUUUACACACAGCUGUUUGUGUUGAUUUUUACAUGAAGUGAACUAAAUCUGAGAUGUUUAAUAUAAAUAAUAAAGCACAUAAGAUGGACUGAU